AAACAUCGACGUCGAACAUCACCGGAGCAGCUCAAAGUACUCGAGCAUUGGUUCGAGAUCAACUCAAAGCCGGACAAUGCGUUGCGGGAGUGGCUGGCUGGCGAGCUGGGGAUGACGAAACGGAAUGUCCAGGUUUGGUUCCAGAACAGGUGA